GACUACAUACCUUUUAAUUUUGCUAUUUAUUGGUUAUGUUUUAAGUAGAUAUAAAUGUAUUAAGCAGAAUGGGUUUAUUAAUACAUAGUCGUUAAUGAGAAUGAAAUAAAAAUGAAGUAUUUAUUUAUAAUAUUGUUUGUGGUAGAAUCCUUCGGUGUCGGAUCUGUUGUGGAUAAAGAUAGAAAGGAAAAUACAGAAUUAUCUAGAGCUUUAGAUGACCGGCCUUUGCUGUUUGCCACGUUAGGGGGCGGCAUGGUGGCUGUGGAACCACAAUCGGGAAAUAUAAUCUGGAAACUUAAAGACGAACCUGUAGUAAAAGUCCCGAAUCAACAUGCAAAUCUCAUGCCCCAAUUUUUGCCGGACCCUCGCCACGGUUUCCUCUACAUGUAUGGUCCGAGAGGAGACAAACAGAUGCUCAAGAAGUUACCAUUCACGAUACCGGAGCUGGUGGCGAAUGCGCCCUGUCGUUCUACCGAGGGUAUUCUUUAUACAGGGAAGAAGAGCGACACGUGGUUCAUGCUCGAUCCUUUAACUGGGACGCGAGAACAUGUUUCAGGCUUCGACAGUUCAAAGAUAUUUAACAGUGACAAUGAUCACACGUGCGAAGGAAAAAAGCGUGGUGUUUACAUCGCUCGCACGGAAUACAACAUAUUGAUGCACGACGCUAACAAUGAAAAUCAGAACUGGAACGUCACAUUCUACGACUACACCUCGCAUGCGAUGGGCAAAGAAAUGCUGAACGAUUAUGGCAUCAUACAUUUUACAUCGACAUCGAAUGGGCGUAUCAUGUCAUUUGAUCGAAAAACUGGUGACCUCGUGUGGUCACAUAAUUUUGAAACGCCAGUCGUUGCCGCCUAUUUACUAGACAGAGAAGGACUUUUAUCUGUCCCUUUCAACUCUAUAGGCGAUGACACGUUAGACCAUAUCAUGGAAGAUGCCUCCACUUUAAGAAAUGGACAGGGAAUUAAGAAUUCCAAUAUUGAAUUGUAUCCUACUUUAUACAUAGGCGAGCACAAUCACGGCCUGUACGCUUUGUCAUCGCUGGUGGACAAAAAUACAGUGACAAUAUCCACAGGGCACACGAGACCACUGCUUUUAGAAGGUCCCGUCACAGAAAACCAAGCGAAAGCGGAACGUGUCACAUACGAACCGUUUAAAAACGUUCACUACCAACUUAACGAUCUAAACUUACACGUUGCUCCGCCGUAUUUACUCCUGGGACAUUACAAAGUGCCGGAACUUACCACAUCAUGGAUGCCGCAGCUUCCGAACAUGAACUUCCUCAACGCACAUUUAACUCAGAACAAUGCCGUUAAAUUGAUAAAUGGGGAAGUUCACACCGACUCUGAGAAAGACGGUGAAAACGAGACGAACUUAAAGUCUAGCUCCGUAUCAGUUUCCGUCCAGACCGAUGAGUUUCAGGACUUCCACUUUAGGCCAGAUCUGUGGUACAAGCAAGGGUAUAUCUGGCUCCAUCAGCAGGAGAACAAGGCGUUGAAAGUCCUGCUUAUAAUUUUGACGGGCCUGGUCGUUGCUAUGUUUUGGUAUCUGCGUUAUCAAGCUCGAGAGUUUCAACAGCUGUCUCAAGGCGGUUCACGAAGUUCGAACUCGUCUACUUCCUCUCAAGGAGAAGUGACAGGUCAGCUGGUAGAACUUGGGGAGGGGGAGGUUCGUAUCGGCAAGAUCAGCUUCUACACGGAUCAAGUUUUAGGGAAGGGAUGUGAAGGAACAUUUGUGUACAGGGGCACGUUCGACAAGCGAGCGGUGGCCGUGAAGCGCCUGCUGCCGGAGUGCUUCACGUUCGCGGACCGCGAGGUGACGCUGCUGCGCGAGUCGGACGCGCACGCGCACGUCGUGCGGUACUACUGCACGGAGCGCGAUAAACAGUUCAGAUACAUUGCGUUAGAGCUGUGCUCAGCGACGUUACAGGAUUAUGUCGAGAAGAAAUUGAAUUUUGAAUGCAAAAUCGAAGCGGUUGAAGUGUUACGACAGGCGACGUUGGGUCUCUCGCAUCUACAUUCCAUGGAUAUUGUUCACAGAGAUAUCAAACCUCAUAAUGUUCUGCUGUCCAUGCCGUCGGGGACUGGCGAGGUUCGCGCGAUGAUAUCAGACUUUGGUCUGUCGAAGAAAUUGAAUAUCGGACGAGUCAGUUUCUCGAGGCGUUCUGGAGUCACCGGUACUGAUGGUUGGAUAGCGCCCGAAAUGAUCAACGGAGAAAGAACGACAACAUCAGUCGACAUGUUUUCUCUGGGCUGUGUGUUUUACUACGUGCUGUCAAAGGGAUACCAUCCCUUCGGCGACGUGCUGAGGAGGCAGGCUAACAUACUUACAGGGGAAUACAAUUUAGACCAAUUGGAAAAAGUGUUGCCCGAAGAGGAAGUGUUGAUCGCAAAGAUCUUGAUCAGAUCGAUGAUCGGCGAGCGCGCACACGCGAGGCCGGCCUGCGCCGCCGUGCUCAAGUACCCCAUGUUCUGGGGGAAGCAGAGCACAUUGAACUUCUUACAGGACGUGAGCGACCAGGUGGAGAGCUGCAGCGGCGGCGCGGAGGGCGCGGCGCACGCGCUGGAGCGCGGCGCGCGGCGCGUGCUGCGCGGCGACUGGCGCGCGCACGUGUGCGGCGCCGUGGCCGCCGACCUGCGCGCGCGCCGCACCUACCGCGGGGAGCGCGUCGCGCACCUGCUGCGCGCCAUCCGCAACAAGAAACAUCACUACAGAGAACUAGACGUGGAAAUUCGUGAAAGCCUCGGGAAGUUACCCGAUGGAUUCGUCUCCUACUGGCUCAAGAGGUUCCCGCUGCUGCUGCCGCACGUGUGGAUACAGAUGCAACAAUACAAACAGGAAGACAUUUUACAAGCUUACUACCCACAUUCCUUCACCUUCAAUCGAGAUGACAUCAUAGAAUUCAGUGACGAUAUGGAAAAUGAAGAAUUACUCCCGAGUGAUAUGGAGAAAAAUGAACUGUUCCUUAAAAGCAAAGUUUUCUUUGAUGAAAACGAUAAAGAAAAAAAAGUGUACAGAAAGGAAGGGUCCCCUCGUAAACGUGCAGACAUGGUGAACUGGCGGAGUGACCAGCAAAGCACAGACUUUAGGAUACUUAGGCAAGAUGACGUGAGAAUGAGAGAUAGGCAUUAUUACAAGAAAAAGGAAAAGAAAAGGGAAGAUAUACCCGUCUGGAGUUUACCUCCGCAGUAGUUUAGUAAGUUUUAUUUAUUUAAUUUUUAUAUAAGUGCAAUUCGUAAGAUUAAGUGGCGAAAAUGGUCUCAAUAAAAUUUUGUACUGACCGUAGUUAAAUUUAGGAACUACUAGAUGAGAUUUUGAGUGUAUGAGAUGAGAGUUUAUUGAGCAUUAUUACAUGAUGUUUGUACUAAGGCCGAUGAUUUUAUUAUAUAUAGAGAUUUUUUUUUUAAUAUUUUUCAUUACAAAUUGAAAGUAGGGACCAAAACAAGGCAAGGAUUACAGAUGAUAAUCAUGUUUUAGUUUUGUGUUAUUUAUUAAUCUAUAAACUUCUAUAAUUUAAAAAAAUAUAUAUUGUUAUAUAGAAUUGGUUACAUUUAUGUACUUCAACAUUUAAUAUGAGUUUUAAAUUUGUCUGAUAUGGAGUGUGGAGGUAAGGAGGUCUAGUUAUAUAUCAAGCGUCCCGGAUGUUAAGAAAAUGUAAGAUUAGCCUAAUAUAGAAUAAAUACAAAAAUAAACAGAAAACAAUAAGUAUUCUUGAUUAAUAAUAUCUCAAACACGUCUUGUCGAAAGCCUUAUGUUUGUUUCUAUUGUUAUAAAGGGAGUUUGACAAUGCACAAUAUUAUUGUUGAAGCGAUUUUGAAUUUGCUUUCUCCUAAAUUAUGCAAUUCAAAACGUCGCUUUUAUAUAUACGAUUUUUUUUUUUAAAUUAACAAAUAUAAUUAUAAUUUUUUCGCUGACUUUAUUCUUAGUCUUAUUAUAUUGCUGAUGAUAGGGGCGCCUUCGUUUGUCAACAGAUACGUGAUACGUAGUAUCCACAUAUUGUGGUUGCCUCUAUAUAAAUAAAAAUCGCUAGGUGUCUUUUAAAGGUUUUGCUGAUUUGUAAGUUUACGUCUCGACUACGUUAGCAGUAUUCAUUUACUAAAGUUUUAUAAAAAAGUGUAAAUAUUACAACUAAUUUUAUAUUAUGUUGCUUGUAAUUGAUAGAUGUAAACUUCAGGUCUCGUUUUAUUUUAUAAGAUGAAACGACUUUUUUGCGCGUUGAGGUUGUUAUGCAAUUGAUAUACCAUAAGACUGGAUCCUCCUUACCUCACAAACCAUAUAUUUCAUUUUUAAUUAAUUUGCAUAAAAUAUAAACAAGUAUAAAAUUGAAAUAAUCAUAUAAUUUAAUAUAUUAAAAUAAUAGUUGUAAGAAUUUAAUAUAAUGUAUUUGUUUAUAUUUUGUACAUAUUUUGUCGAAUGACUACAAGACAUUCAUAGCAUUUAAAUAAAUUAUAAAAUUGACAAAAAAGUUUCACAGGUAGCGAUUUUAGAGGUUGUUUAAUUAGAAUGAAAGCUAUACUAAUUUUUUGAUAUUAAAAUUAAAAAGUGAAAUAUUCGUAAAAGUUUGUUACCGUACUUAUUUGUACUAUAUGUUUUUUUUUUAUUGGAGAAUGUGGCAAGUGUUAUAAAGUUUGUAAUAAACUAUUGUUUACAACCUUCUUGGAUUAUAAAUACUGAAGAAAAUAUAUGAAUUCAAGGAAAAAAUAAAACUAAUUUAAUUAUCGAAUGUAUUUAUUUUGAACACAUUGCCCGUUUCGUUUAACGUAAUUACAAAUGUAUAUAAUUAUUUGAACUUAAUU